AUGAAGCUGCUGCUCGAAGCACAGGCCCAGACCCAGAGCACCAUGUCGCAACUGGCUAGCCAAGUUGGCACGAACGCACGUUCCCGUCCUAACGAAGAUUCUCACAGUUCCGGAGCCCUAGUUCCGCUCGAGGUGCGCCUGCCGUCCUUCUCACUGCCGACGUUCAUAGACGAGCAGAUGCAGUUGGCGUCCGUUCACGAAAGCACGGAGAAGGAGCAGGAACGGAGGGAGGAUCAACGAAAGACCGCUCCGUCAACCAAGGCGAUCCAGAGUUUCCACGCGAACACCCAGCCAACCUGCCCAAAGUGCUCCGAAGCUCACACCAUCUACCAGUGUGCCAGCUUCAGGGAGCUGCCAGCAAGCGAUCGACGAGAGUUGGUGGAGCGAGCCAAGCUCUGCUUCAAUUGCCUCAAGUCGACCCACGGAGUGAAAAGCUGCACGUCAGGAUCGUGCAGGAACUGCAAACAGAAGCACCACACGCUGCUCUGCACGGGUGGUGCCAGCUCGUGCUCGGACUCCGGCCAGCCCCGCGACCAACCAGCAGCUGAAAAGAAGCAGCCACCUACGAAGGUGGACACGACGAAGCAAGCGGAUUCGGUGGCAUCUUAUGUCACGGAUCUCCGGACCAGCCGUUCAGUGAACUUCAUGAGCUUGCUGCCUACGGCUGUCGUCAAAGUGAUGGGGAGAAACAACGUCUUCCACGAAGUGCGGGCAAUGGUCGACUCUGCCUGCAUGAACUCGCUGAUCAGCAAACAAGCCUUCGAACGUCUUGGCCUGGAACGGCGCAACGCCAGCAUUCUCGUGAGCGGCAUCACCGACGGGAAGCCCAGCAAGACAACCGGAGCAGUGACGCUGCAGAUCGCAUCGCGAUUCGACGACCGUGUCGUCAUCGUGGUGGAUGCACUCAUCCUGAACAACCUGGUUCCGGAUCAGCCGAGUCAGCAGUUCAACGUCGACACGAAUGCCUUGGCCGAGGCGCCGCUCGCAGACCCGAGCUUCAACCAGCGUGGAAAGAUCGACCUCUUGCUGGGAAUCGAGGUCUUCUUCUCCAUUCUUGAACCGGGCAAGCUGUUCGACGGUCGAGGUGCGCCCAUCGCACAGAACUCCAUCUUCGGCUACCUGGUCGGUGGCCAGUUCGACACAUCGCAUGCCGCCGAGGGCCGUGCGGUUUUGGGGCUCACAACUACAAUGAACCUGGACCAGACUCUACGGAAGUUCUGGGAAGUGGAGGAGGUGCCCAAAGCCAUGCAGUACACUCCGGACGAGCAGCGCGCUGCCGAGCAUUUCCACUCCACACUCUCUCGCAACGAAGCUGGGCGAUACGUGGUUCGCCUUCCCUUCGACAGUGCCAAGCCGCAGCUCGGCGAAUCGGCUACCGCUGCCAUCCGGCGGUUCAAGGCCAUGGAACGAAAGUUUAGCCUCGACAGUGAGCUACAACAGAACUACAAGCAGUUCAUGACCGAGUACCUGGCGCUCGGGCAUAUGGAGAAGGUGCCGCCUUGCGAGGUGGCAGUUACACCGGAGAAAUCGUUCUACCUCCCACAUCACGGCGUGUGGAAGGUGGACAGCAAGACGACGAAACUCCGCGUCGUGUUCGACGCCUCGAGCAAGACUGCCUCCGGGGUGUCCCUGAACGACCGCCUGCUAGUGGGGCCGAACGUGAACGAGCCACUCUUCAACGUGUUCACCCGCUGGCGCACCUACAAGUUUGCCUUUUGCGCCGACGUCGAGAAAAUGUAUCGGCAAGUGCUCGUCGCCAGAGAAGAUGCCGAUUACCAGCGAAUCGUGUGGCGUGAAAGUCCGGAGCAACCUCUGGAACACUACCGCUUGCUGACCGUCACCUAUGGAACAGCGAGUGCGGCGUACCAAGCCAUGGCGGCCUUGCGGCAGGUCGCUGAGGACAACAAGGAGCAGCACCCGCUGGCAGCCGAGCGGUUCCCCCUGAACUUCUACGUCGACGAUCUGCUCUCCGGAGCAGACUCGAUCGGCGACGCCAAGAACCUGCGCAACGAAAUCACCCACGUCCUGGAGAGUGGUGGUUUUGUCCUGCGAAAGUGGAGCUCGAACGAUCCGCAGCUACUGGAGUGCGGUGCAGAACAAGACGAGUCCAUUCCGUUCAAGCUACCCCAAGAAGAAGACGCCGUGAAGGCCCUGGGAAUCAAGUGGACCCCUCAGGAGGACGCGUUCAGCUUCGACCUCAACUUCGACAUUGACAGUGCCAACACCAAGCGCCAGCUACUGUCCGACUCGUCGAACCUUCAUCCUGGGAGAGUGGAUUGCGCUGAAGGAAUCGCUACACCACCUCAGACGAAUUCGGAUCAAGCGCUGGAUUCCACACUCUGGAGGAAGCUGCAACUCCACGGGUUCUGCGACGCCUCCGAGGCUGCGUACGCAGCUGUGAUCUACGCCCGCACGGUCGCCGAAGACGGCACAGUCGAAAUCAACCUCGUCGUCGCCAAAACCAGAGUCGCACCCAUUCAACAAAUCUCCCUGCCACGCCUGGAGCUGCUGGCGGCCGAGUUGCUGGUGGACCUGAUGGUGAAGGUGCUGGAAUCGUUCACGCACUUGGAGGUCGAGCUAGUGGCGUGGAGCGACUCGCAGAUCGUGCUACACUGGCUCUCGUCGCUGCCAAGGAAGUGGAAAACGUUUGUGGCCAACCGCACGUCCAAGAUUCUGCAGUUUCUGCCGCGCAAGCACUGGCUCCACGUGUCGUCCAAGAACAACCCGGCCGACUGCGCCUGGCUGAAAGAGAUCAAGGAUUACUGGCGCAUUGAACCACUGGGCGAGGUCGAAGAGGAUGAGCUGCUGGAGAUGCGGACUACGAUCACCUGCCUGUUCGCGAGCGCCGUGCCGCCGCCCUGGUGCGACCACGAAACGCUGACUUUCCUGCUCAACCGCUACUCGGAUCUGGCUCACAUUCGGCGCAUCUUGUGCUGGAUCAACCGUCUGCGGCUCAACUCUCUGGCUCGUCGCACCAACGCGCCCAAGCUGGAAGGACCGCUGACGCCGAUGGAGAUCAACGACGCUUGCUUGCAACUGGCGCGAGCGGCUCAACACGACAGCUUCCAGACGGAAAUCGAUUGCCUGGUCAAGAACGCACCGCUUCCAGGCAACAGCAAGCUCAAGGCUUUGUUUCCGUUCGUCGACGCAGAUGGCACUCUGCGGGUUGGUGGCCGACUCCAGAACUCCAACCAGCCGUACGACGUGCGCCAUCCUGUGAUCAUCCCAAAGAGCACCGGUACACGAACCUGCUGCUGUCAGAAGUCCACCUUCGCAACCUGCACGCAGGGCCAACUCUGA